AGUUACAGAGCGUAUGAAGUGUCUCGCCGUACGUGGUACGGGAUGAUUAUUCCGUGAAUAUUCUAGAGUAGUAGCCCUAAAGCUCUCAGGGGGAAAUGGCCAGUGAAGAGGACGGCGCUGUCAAGGAGCCGCUUGAUCUCAUCCGGCUCAGCCUGGACGAGCGGAUCUACGUCAAGCUGCGCGCCGAUAGAGAGCUCCGCGGCAAGCUACAUGCCUAUGACCAGCAUUUAAACAUGAUCCUGGGAGAAGUGGAGGAGGUCGUGACCACCACGGAGAUUGACGACGAGACUUACGAGGAGAUUGUCAAGACGACAAAGCGACAGGUUCCAUACUUGUUUGUGAGGGGCGAUGGAGUGAUCUUGGUAUCGCCUCCCUUGAGAAGUGCGUAAGGAAAAAAAAAUCUCUAUUAAAGCGAUUCAUCGUGAGCAUGAUCUUGAGUCUUCGAGCUUGAACUCUCA